UGAUCGGAAAGAAUUAUGAAGGUGUACUAUCUGUAAUAAAGGAAAGAUAGAAAGUUUUGGUUGCAGUUGUUGGUUCAUUCAUUACUAUACUGUUACUGUGCGUUAGCAUAAAAGACUCAAAUUUGUUAUUACCAUUCUCAUAACUAAUAAACUCACACUAAUACUAAUCAUCUCCGAUGGACACGCGCCGCCGCCAUGAGGAGCCACACUCACCCAAACCCGUCGUUCUCAUCACGGGUUGCUCCACGGGAGGGAUAGGCCACGCGCUCGCACGCGCCUUCGCCGAGAGAAAGUGCAGGGUGGUGGCCACCAGCAGAUCGCGGAAGAGCAUGGCGGAGCUGGAACACGACCACAGGUUUUCGUUGCAAGAGUUGGAUGUUCAGUCCGAUGAGAGCGUGCGCAGAGUGGUCGAUGAUGUUGUCGACAAGUUCGGUCGCAUCGACGUGCUCGUUAACAACGCGGGUGUUCAGUGCGUGGGCCCACUCGCCGAGGUUCCUCUCUCUUCCAUACAAAACACCUUCGACACCAAUGUCUUCGGUUCCUUGAGAAUGGUUCAGGCUGUUGCUCCUCAUAUGGCAACUAAGAAACGGGGAAAGAUUGUCAACAUUGGCAGUGUUGCUGCCUUGGCCUCUGGACCUUGGUCAGGCACUUAUACUUCUUCCAAAGCAGCUCUUCAUGCUUUGACAGAUACAUUAAGAUUGGAACUUGGACAUUUUGGAAUUGAUGUUGUGAAUGUUGUCCCCGGAGCAAUCGAAUCAAACAUUGGAGAUUCUGCCAUAGCCAACUACAACCGCAUGCCUGAGUUGAAACUAUUCAAGCCUUUUGAAGCAGCAAUCCGAGAUAGAGCUUACUUUUCUCAGAAGUCCAAAAAGACCCCUGCAGAUGAGUUUGCCAAGCACACUGUGGCUGCUAUCCUCAAGGAGAAACCACCUGCAUGGUUCUCCUAUGGCCAUUACUCAACAGCCAUGGCUAUCAUGUACCAUUUACCAAUCUCUGUUAGAGAUUUUGUCUUGAAGAAAGCAAUGAAAGGGUGAACUACAGUUGGGUGUUAAAUCUCUCUGUCCAAGUAUGUUGAUGGACAUUGACACAUGUAAACACUCUAUAAAGCAUUAUACUUUACCUUUAGUAGGAGAAGAUUAUAUCAUAAGGGGAUGUUAGGGCUUAGCAGUCUUAAUUCCAUUUUAUCAUAUUAUAGUGAACAAAGUUUUUGAAUAAAAUUUAACCGAACUGUUGAUGUA